GACAGAUUGUUGUCACUCAUUAGGGAAUAACAAGUGAUGCUGGAGUGUGUCCUCGCACAGACUCCGCUCAUCCUCUGCCCACGCCAGGAUCUGCGCGGCACAAAUCUCAGAUAUGUUUCCGCCUGCGUGUCACCAGCUCUGCUCUUGAGAGCUGCUGCUGCUGCGUGUCGACGCUCAGACGCGUUCCUGUGAGUGUGGAUCAAGUUUCGAUCAACGCUUCCGUCUUGUUCUUUGGGUUUAUUUUGGUGGACGGUGCCACGUUGAGCCCCGCACACUUUUUCUUUUUCUUUUUCUUUGGGGAGAUUGCGAUGUCCACGAGGAAGACAUCGUUGACGGACAAGCAGAGCAAAAACGGGACGUCCAAAUAUGUGCUGGAGAGAUGCGCCUCUGUUAACGAGUAUUAUGACAUUGCCUUCAAGGUGAUGAUGCUCGGAGACUCGGCCGUGGGGAAGACGUGCAUCUUGGUGCGCUUUAAAGAUGGGGCAUUUCUCGGAGGCAACUUUAUAGCCACCGUGGGAAUAGACUUUAGGAAUAAAGUGGUCGAUGUGGACAACCUCAAAGUCAAACUCCAGAUCUGGGAUACAGCCGGCCAAGAGAGAUUCCGCAGUGUAACGCACGCCUACUACAGAGACGCCCAGGCCCUACUCCUGCUCUACGAUAUCACCAACAAGACGUCAUUUGACAAUACCAGGGCUUGGCUCACGGAAAUACACGAGUAUGCCCAGAAGGAUGUGGUCAUCAUGUUGCUCGGCAACAAGUCAGACAUGGCUGCUGAGAGGGUCGUGAAGACAGAAGAGGGAGAGAAGCUGGCCAAGGAAUACGGUGUGCCAUUCAUGGAGACCAGUGCGAAGACGGGACUCAAUGUGGACCUGUCCUUUCUCGCUAUAGCAAAGGAGCUGAGGCACAGAGCAACCCAGCAGCCGAACGAGCCCAAGUUCCAGAUUCACGACUACAUCGAGUCUCAGAAGAAGAAGUCUGGUUGCUGUGGCGGGGUGUAGCUGAAGCUGAUCACCAGGAGGAAAGAGAGAGAGAAAGAGGGAGAGAGGCAGAGAGGGGGGGAGUGGGAAGGAGGUAAAGAUGUCUGCUAGCACACAAAACACCAAUCUCAGCUCCGAACGUGAGAAUCGGACACCCUCGACUUCUUCACUGAUCUCUGAGCUGGAGGGGGGGGGGGGGGG